UGAACCGGGGCUCUCUCUGAACGCAGAUCUCUCUCGCAGUUCGUUCCAACGUCACGGAUAGCUUGGUUUUCUUUGAUACGUGUAGGAUUACGACUAUCUCGACAUACGACGCCAGUUGCUGACUAGUGUUAAACUACUCGUCCGGUGUUCUGGGAUAUCACAAGGAAAGACAGGGAAAUUCCGACAAGGUGUUACCAAAGACAGAGGUAAAAAUGGCUGAGGAACAGUGGGGGAUUGACGACACGUUAGAUUUUGGUCAGGUGCCAGUUAAUAUGUCUUCCUUUGAAGAAGGACGCGCCCCUUGCCGUGGUAAAGGACGUGGUGCAAUAUUAUACAACAACAAUAACACAAAUUACAGUGGAGGAGGUUCCUAUAAUAGUAAACAAACAAAUGAAGAAAAUUAUGAUAGUAAUACCUACAACGAAGAUAAUGAAAAUAAUAGAUAUAAUGGCGAUAAUAGUAAUAAAUUUGGAGGAGGCAACAGACAAGACAAUGAUAGGCGUUAUGGAAAUAACAGAGGUAACAAUGAUCGUAGGUGGCAAGGCAAUAAGGAUGAUAGGGACAAUAGUAGGCGAAACAACGAUGAUAAUGAUGAAACUGAAGAUAAUGGCUUCAACAGAAGUUAUCAGAACGAUAGAAAGGACAGACCCAGGAGAGAUAGAGAUGAAAAUAGAGGUGGAAGAGGUGGCGGUUAUGGCAGAAACAGAGAUGGCGAUGAUAAUGACAGAGGUGGAAGAGGUGGUGGUUACGGUAGAAACAGGGAUGGCGAUGAUAAUGACAGAGGUGGAAGAGGCGGUGGUUACGGUAAAAAUAGAGGUGACGAUGAUAAUGAUGGCGAAAACAGGAGACGCAGAAGAAACGAUGAUGAGUCCAAAGAAGGUGACGAUAAAGAACCAAAGAAAAGGGAGAUUUAUAUUCCACCAGAGCAACCUGAUGAUGAAAAUUCCUUAUUUGGAAACGAUGUAACAAUGGGAAUAAACUUCGCUAAAUAUGAUGAUAUUGAAGUAAAAGUGAGCGGUGAGAAUGGACCGCGUCCAAUACAAUCCUUCGAUCAAUCUGGCCUUAGAACUAUCCUGUUGGAAAAUAUCAAAAAGUCAGGUUAUACAAAACCUACUCCUGUUCAAAAGUACGCCAUUCCAAUUGUAAUGAACGGCCGGGACUUGAUGGCUUGCGCGCAAACAGGUUCGGGAAAAACUGCGGCAUUUGUAGUUCCUAUCUUACACACUCUGUUAGAAAAUCCAAAAGAUUUAAUUAAAACGUCCACUUCCUGCGAACCACAAGUAAUUAUUAUAUCGCCUACACGUGAGCUUACAUCACAGAUUCAUCAGCAAGUCAAGAAAUUUUCUUUAGGUUCUAUCAUACGUGCCGAGCUUGCUUAUGGAGGAACAUCGGUUAUGCAUCAAUCAAAUAGAGUGCUCAACGGUUGCCAUAUUCUAGUUGCAACUCCAGGUAGACUGUUAGAUUUUAUGGGACGAGGCAAGAUUCGACUUUCUUCCUUACGUUUUCUUGUACUGGAUGAAGCUGACAGAAUGCUUGAUAUGGGUUUCCUGCCCGAUAUUGAAAAGUUAAUAGAUCAUGAAACAAUGGCACCUGCAGAAGAAAGACAGACACUUAUGUUUUCCGCUACAUUCCCAAAUGAAAUACAAGAACUCGCGGGUCGAUUUUUACGAAAUUAUUUAUUCCUCGCAGUUGGGAUUGUCGGUGGUGCUUGCGCUGACGUAGAACAGAACUUUUAUCAAGCAUCUGGUCAGUCUGAAAAGCGAAAAUUGCUGAAAGAAUUGAUAGAGAAACAAAAUCAACUAGGAAAUAUAGAAGGUACUUUAGUAUUCGUUGAACAGAAAAGACAUACGGACUUUAUCGCGGCCUUCUUAUCGGAGAGCAAUUUUCCAACAACAAGUAUCCAUGGCGAUAGAUUACAAAGAGAACGAGAAGAAGCUCUAUAUGAUUUCAAACGAGGAAAAAUGUUGAUUUUGGUGGCAACGGCGGUUGCCGCGCGAGGCUUAGAUAUUAAAAAUGUCUCUCAUGUAAUUAACUUCGAUUUGCCAAAGACGAUCGACGAAUAUGUUCAUAGAAUCGGACGAACUGGUCGGGUUGGAAAUCGCGGCAAAGCAACUUCAUUUUUUGAUUCAAGUACUGAUCUUCCUCUCACUGAUGAUUUGAUCAAAAUUUUGAAACAAGCUGGUCAACCGAUACCUGACUGGUUAGAAUCCGGUGGCAAUGGCGGGAGCAGAACCUUCAUGCCAGGAAAGGGAAGGAGAUUCGGCGGGGAAGAUAUUAGAGGCAACAAGAAUGCAUAUGGUGAUGAGAUGUAUGAAGACGUUGGUUAUGCACCUCCUGUACAAGCAGAACCGGAAGAAGAAUGGUAGAAAUUAGAAGUUUCAUAUUUAUUUUACACAAUGUGUAAAAUACUACUUUGCUUUCUUUAAUUUUAAAAAGUACAAUAACUUCCACAGGUGCUAUCA